AUGCCCCGACCUGCCGCCCGACCCACCAUCGCUCCUUCGACACUCGCGACGCAGACCAUCCCCGACGACCUUGUCGUCCUGCGUCGUCAAUGGAAAUGGGCCGCCUUCUGCCAGUUUUUUGCAACAUUCGCUCCGUUGUUCGCAAUGGAUGAGGUGACCGUUGGCGAUAUCGAACAUGACCUUGUACAUUCAACCAGUGUUGUAAUUCCCCGCAUUAUGCAGAGGCUGUUGUAUUGUUUAAGCUACGAUCGCAAGGUUUCCUUGGACAACUGGCAGACUGCCUUGCGCAAGCAGUAUUUCAAACGUGAUCCACAGGCAAACCCCUUAGGCGGCGAUGUACCUCUGGACAGAUAUUCCAAGUCCGUAGAGCCUACAGCACUCACCCCCGGGCCGAAGUCUGAGGCAGACGACGACGUCAAUCUCGGAGGCUCGGAAGAUGUGCUCCCCAGCGAAGAACAACACCAGGAGCACAAAGCGACGACGCCAGCUAAUUUCAUACCAUUACCAGAGACGAAGCAAGCGUCCGUAUCUGUCAGCGGCGGUGAGGGUGUCAAGGACUGGCUUCAACUGCCUAUGCUGGAGAAGUUGGAUUCUAUGCACCUCUUGACCGAAUGGCAGUUCCAAAACCCCACCCGGUUGAGACAGAUUAUGAAGAGUGACGACGAAGCCGCAACCUGGCGAGUUGAGCCAAUUGGCUUCGAUGUCAAGAAGAAUGCCUACUGGUUGAUCGGUGAGGAUAGGCUAUGGAUCCAACGUUGUCCUCCAAGGCCGAACCUCAAGAGGAAGCGGGUCAUUCUCAAGCUAAACGCGAAACCGACCAAGGCCUCGAAUAAAAGAUCUCGGGUUGAACCUUCUAAGCCAGCCCGACAAGCCCCUAGAAGGGAAGAAGCCGCACCCACUGGUCGCGGAGGCGGUCGAGCGGCGAAAAUGCAAGCAAAGUUAAAGCUUGAUGCCCAGGCAAAGGAGCUAGCUGAGCUUAAUAAACAAGCAGCUUCGUCGAAGGGCACUCCCCGCAAAGCACGAGCAAAUCCACAGAACAACAGUUCAACUCCGUCAAAGCUGCCUGGGCGGCCUGUAAACAACAGUCGGCCAGCAGGGACCCGCCUCAGCUUACGGUUGAGGGGAUCCCUGGUGGGGGAGUGGCAGCCCAUACCGACGGAAUGGCUUGAAGAAAGCGAACCGAAACAACCCGUCAAACGUAAAACUGGCUUGGAAAGCGAUCUGGAGAGUAUCAGCGAUCUGACCGAACUUAGUGAAGAGUCGCCAUCCGAACAUCCUUCCCCCGAUCAUGAUCACGAUGCUGAGGAAGAGGAAGAACCCCCUGUCCAAGAGCCGGUCCAGGAGCUGGAGGAACCACUUGAAGUGACUGAGAAGAGUGAAGGACCUGAACAUCCCGCGGAUUUCAUUGAAUGGGAAACGAUCGCCGUUACGCUAGAUGAAUGGGAGCAUGUUGCCGAUCCAUUCACCCAAGCAGGGCACUAUUCUGAGAAAGCUCUUUACAAAGUACUCAAUGUAAUUGCACCGAUCAUUAUCGAGCAACUGAGGGAGGUUGAGAAGAACCGACGCCUAGAGGAAGCCGUCACUCAUCGCAAGCGGUCAUCUCGCAUUGCGGUCAAGGAAAGCGAGAAGGAAGAAGCCCGCCUUGCUGCCAAGAAACGAGCUGAAGAAGAAGAGAAGUUUAGUCGGGCACGUCGUGCCGAAGCCCGACAACAGAAGGAGGAAGCCGACCGCCAACGCAGAGAGACUGCCAGAGAAACACGACGAAGAGAACGUGAAGCCAAAGAAGCAUUGCAGAAGUCAACGACGGAAGUUUCUACCCCAGACGAAGGUGACGUCAAGGAACCAGCGGCAAACGGCACCCAACAGUUUCAACGGACCAAUGGCUCUGGCAGCGGCUCGCGGACACCUAACUCUGAUUGGGAACUCGAUUGUGAGAUUUGCCAACGGCGUGGUGCUAACCUCGAUGACGGUACCCCUAUGAUGUCCUGCGGUUCAUGUUCUAAAUGGCAACACAUCAGUUGCCACGACCGUGCGGACCAGGCAGCGGGUCGAUCAAAGCGUAACUGGGACGAUGUCGAAUUCUUCUGUUAUAAAUGCCGUGUGAAGUCCCAAGGCCCGCCAGGUAGAUCCAAUGGCGCCGUUACUUCGCAAUCGAUUCAACUCUCUGCCCCUUACCGAACCAACGGGGGAUACACAUCCAAAGCACCAGGCACAGCGGUGCCGACUUACCAAGUACCUUACUCCGUACCGAACUAUUACUCGCAGAACGCUCAGGCUCCACUCACCUUCUCUCACUAUCAACCCGAGCAACGAGUGUUCAUGCCAUCCCAAAUGCAUCAGCCAUACGGCUCUUCUCUAACGCACCAACCGUAUGGGGGAACGAUGAACGGCCAUGCAGCUAAUACAUGGCAACCCUCUCAUCCUUCCCAGCUGUCUGGCCCACUUCCUGGUGUACCAACCUUUCCAUCAGGGAGCUCAGGUGUCGCUCCCCCAUUUGCGCAACACCCUUUCCCUCCCCAGCCCCCCCGUCACCCUAGUCUCCCUCAUCAACCUGCCCAUCCGCCUCACAUGCCACCGAGCCAAUCACCCUCGCAACAUCCGUACUACCCCACAUAG